AUGCCUCGUAGUGGCUUAUCCGCUGCAUCGUUUUCUCACCCAGCGCAAUCCGGUGUAGCCGGCGCUGUCGCUCGUUUCUAUCAGCGAUCGUUUCCAGCGGUUGACUAUCUGGCACUAGGAUGCAUUGUAGGAGGUUGGAUCUUGAUCCAGCUGUUUGUGACCCCAUUUCAUCGUCUGUUUUCGCUCGACAAUAAGGCCAUCCAAUAUCCCUUCGCUGUAGUGGAAAGAGUUCCCGUUGUAUGGUCCAUAAUAUACGCUGGCGUCAUUCCGUUCGUAAUAGUGCUCUUGUGGGCUGCUACAUUCCGACCGAAGCCUUACAAAGUCCAAGUAACUAUACUUGGUUUCCUGGUCGCAUUAAUGUUGACUUCGCUGCUCACGGAUAUAAUCAAGAAUGCUGUGGGACGACCUCGCCCUGACUUAAUUUCACGCUGCAUUCCGAAGAGGGGUACCCCCGAAAACAAGCUCGUUGCCUGGACUGAAGGAUGGAGAAGUUUUCCGAGCGGCCACAGCAGCUUUUCAUUUAGCGGGCUGGGAUAUCUGUCCUUCUUCCUGUCCGGCCAAAUGCAUGUAUUUCGACCAAGGACCGAUCUUUGCCGCUGCCUUGUGGCUCUUGUGCCUUUUCUCUGCGCAUUGAUGAUUGCGAUUUCUCGUCUCGAUGAUUAUAGACAUGAUGUAUAUGAUGUCACAUGUGGUUCUAUCUUAGGGACUGUGGUUUCCUACUUUUCGUACCGUCGCUACUAUCCCUCUCUUCGGUCCGUUAUCUGCGACAUGCCCUACGACAAAGCUGGAAUGGCCGGCGAAGAGGGAUUUCACAAGCUGCCCAGUGACGAGGAACAACAGGUGCAGAGACCUGGGGUUCCGUCCCAUCAGUGGGGAGCUGAGGAUGAAGUUUACCAACUUAGUGAAACUUCAUCUUCGCCACGUCGGGUGUAG